AUGCAUAUUCUUAUAUUAUUUUGUUUAUUUAAAAUAAUAAUCGGAGGUGAACAUCAACGUCGUUUACUAAAAUAUUUACUUGAUGAAAAUAAUCAUAAUCCACUUGAAAGACCUGUUUAUAAUGAUUCUCAUAGUUUAAUUGUGACAAUGAAUAUGGCUCUUCAACAAAUAAUUGACUUUGAUGAAAAAAAUGAAAUUCUUGCUGUUAGUGGUUGGAUAGUUCUUGCAUGGCAUGAUUAUAGUUUACAAUGGAAACCAGAGGAAUUUGGAAAUAUUCAAACUAUUCGUAUACCUAGUACACGUGUUUGGACACCAGAUAUUCUUCUUUAUAAUAGUGCUGAUCUCAAUUUUGAAGGUAUUAAUCUAACAACUGAUCAUAGUGAAGGUCAAUUAGAUGCAUAUGUUCAAAGUGGUGAAUGGGAUUUAGAGGCUUUUAUUGUUGUACGAAAAGCUGUUGUUUACGAAUGUUGUCCAACAGUAUAUCCAUUUGUUUUAUUUACAAUUCGAAUUCGUCGACGUACUCUUUAUUAUGUAGUUAAUGUAGUUGUUCCAUGUGUUUUGAUUAGUUUUAUGACUGUACUUGGAUUUCUUUUACCACCAGAUAGCGGUGAAAAAUUAACUUUACAAAUUACAAUUCUUCUUUCAAUUGUUAUGUUUAGUUUAUUAAUUGCAGGAAUUAUACCAGCUAGUUCAACAGCGUUACCAACUAUUGUAAUGUAUUUUACAACAGUUAUGUGUAUGUGUUCAAUGUCCGUUGUUGCUACUGUUUUUGUACUUGUUCUUCAUCAUAGAAAUGCAAAAAAUCAUACAAUGCCAAUGUGGAUUCACGUAUAUAUCAAUCAAUAUUUAGCAUGGUUAUUAUGUAUGAAACGUCCAGGACAUGAUUUAAGUUGGAAAGCAAUUCGUCAUCGCCGUUCUCAUCAAAAUAAUUCUAUUCAUAAUCAUAAAUCACUUUCGACACCAUUAUUAGAAAAUUCAUCAAAAUCAUUAUUAGCUAAUGUAACAAAUAUUAAUAAACAAUCAUUUCCACAAUCAAAUAAUCAAUUAUUAAUGCCAGUAAUGAAUCAUGUAGAAAAUUCUUCUCAUAAUCAUGAUACAAAUGAUGUAUUACUACCUUAUGAUAUGAGUAUAUAUCGUUCUGAUCUUCGUAUGAUAAUGUAUGAACUUAAAUUUCUUGGAGAUUAUAUACGAAAAGAAGAAGAAGAUGAUGAUAUAUCACAAGAUUGGAAAUUUUCAGCUAUGGUUAUUGAUCGUUUAUGUCUUGUUUUAUUUUCUGUAAUGACCACAAUCUUUAGUUAUAUCACACUUUUUUCUGCACCAAAUUUUUUUAAACUUCGAUAA